GAGUCAAGUUCGUAGCUGAACGAGGAGACCGUACUCGCGUCCCUGCUGGAGCUCGCUUCCUAGAUCGCAUCCGGUAGAGCCUUCUUCCCGUCCCCAUCGUGUCUUUGUUUCCUGGCGGAAGCACCGGCAUUUCACUAAGUGCUCCGACCAUCGUUUUCGUAUACCGGACGAUCAAUUGCUUGAGCCGGAAACAAUCGGAGACCGGGUUCUCGAUUUCUGGGAAGGCUGCUGCUUCUUUCUUGCGAGCUUCUGCUUUCGACAAGUUGGCAUGUUUUUCUGACGGGUUGGAGUUUAUCGUGUUCUUGUCCAAGACUCUCCUCAUUGUUUCGAGUGUGGGAGUGCGCGUCGUUGCAGAAACAGGGGAAGGGAUUGCAGUUCGCAGAUACCAAACUUCAUGUGCUGACUUCGCCCAUCGUCUCAACCUCUUAUUGGCAGCUUCACAGGUGACCUCACCGGCUCACUCUGUGAUACGAACGUGGAAGGCCGGUGGACUUGCGUCGUCUUUUCGGGGUUGUAGCUGAGGACCUUCACGAUCAGCGAGAAGACAGAAGAACGAUCAGUUCGCACUUGGCCGAGGCGGAGUUUCAUUCUGUCGCUCCAAAUAGGAAAGGUGUGCCAACAUCAUUUCAAGCAAGCCAUCCCAGUUUGCAGAAGUUAUUGCAGACAUUUCCAGAAAUGAAAUCUUUUGGUUCUGAUUACUGGUUUGCAAACUUUCGGUGACAUUAUUUCCUAACAAAAGUGUACUGGGAUUAUGUGGACGAAUGUUUUUAGAAUUGGCGGCCUACAUCAUAUUUCUUGGUUCCAAUUACUUCCUUCUGAGUCUGACUCCGGUAGUUUCAUCGAGAAAAGUGCGAAGGUUGAACAAAGAGAUGCUGCAACCUUUUUGGUUCUCUCAUCACAUGUUCAGUUGCAGAGUGAAGGAUUUCUCAGUGCAUGGACCAAUUCUUUUGUUGGUCCUUGGGAUCCUUCACAGGGUGUCCACAAUCCAGAUGAGAAAAUCAAGCUUUGGCUUUUCCUUCCUGGAAAACAUUCAGCAAUUGUGGAAGCUGCUCAACCUGCAGUGUCAAAGUUGAGAGUUGUUGCUACAGGACUUUGGUCAGCACCUGGGGAUUCAGAAGAAGUUGCAUUUGCUUUAUCUCAAGCCUUAAAAAAUCGUAUUGAGAGGACAUUAAGAGGAUUUUUCUAUGUCCGAUUUGGAGAUGUGUUUUCAAAAGUUCACUCUUCUGCACAAAAUGAUAGGAGGGUUUUCCCUAGUUGUGAAUUUGUCUUCGCUGCCACAGAAGAUGCUAUUUUUGUCCACGCAGUUAUUUCUGCAAAACGGGUACGAAUGCUUUCAGGUGAUGAUUUAGAAAGGGUAUUGAGACAUCGCUCUUCUGUGAAGUUUGAGGAUAAGCUUCCAGUCAUUGUUUCUCCACAUGGAAUGAGGGGCCGACUUACAGGUUGCUGUCCAGGUGAUCUUGUCAAGCACGUCUGUAGCAGUAAAAGUAAAGGUUCAAGUGGAUCCUUAGUGGCAUCUGUACCUCCCAGUGCUUCUCAGUCUUCUUAUUGCAUGCUCCGAGGGCAUAACUGCUAUGCUGAAGUUAGUCUGGAUUUUCCCUAUGUGGAGACAGAAAGGACAUCGCAGGAUAACACAAGUUCCCAUGUAAAGGUUUCCAGGCAUGAUGUUGUGGACAAAGCAAUUUCUGGUGCGAAUGGGAAAGGUGAGCAAAAGCAGGGGUCAUCUGAUCACAUAGCAUUUCUUGAGAAGGCAUUUGUUUAUCCAGCUGAGGCAGUGCUUGUCCCGGUGCCACAGACAAUAUUGGCUAGAUCAUCUCUGAGAAGAUUUUGGUUCAGAGAUUUUGCAGAUGCAACAUUGCUUGACACGGGCGCCCUAUUGGAUUUAUUCAGUUCAUUACCUACUCGAUGUUGCAGCAGCAGUCGCAAUAGUAAUAGUAGCAGUUGUACCAGUAGCCUGAGCACUACAUCUAGUGAUAGUGAAUGUGCUAGAGGCAACCAGAUCAAUGAUAUUGAAGCUGAUGCUGAUUCCCUUGCAUGUAAGGAGUUUGGCUUAACUUCAAGUAACCAGUGUGGUGCGGAUGGCCAAACAGUGGUUUCUAAACGAGCACGGGUAGAUGCAGAGUCUUUUGAUCAGCACCAGCCAUACAAGGUUGCACGGAAAGGCUAUGAAUUCAGCACAAAAGGCUUUCCUUGUUCAGAAGAUGGCGCUAUCCAUAAUGAGUUUAAACAAGAAUGCGGUUUAACUGAAACAAAUACUGCAUCUGGCAUUCUGAAUGCAACAAUUAACCAUCUAGGGACUUAUUGGCAUUGGGAUGAUGAUGAUGCUGGAGUGGUUUUGGAUGUGCAAACACUUCUAUCCGAGUUUGGAGAUUUCAGUGACCUGUUCCAAAAUGAUGUUCUUCCUUUUGGAGAGCCCCCAAGUGCUGCGGAAUCUGAGGCUUUUAUGUUUCCCCUAGUUGACGGUGCUGAUAUGAUAGGUAGUCCCACUAUAGAUGUGUCAGAUCAGGCUCUUUUGCCUGUGGAUCUUUCACCCUGUGAAGGUUUGCAUCAGACACCUCUAUCUGUAAAGGAGACGAACAACAGAAACCAGGAGACAGUAAGAGACACUCCUUCAUCAGUCAUAGGGUCCUGCACUUCAUUACCAACAACUGGAGAGUUUGAUCAUUUAUCUAAAUCUGAAGCCAUGAUGAUAUUUGCUCCACAGUAUACUGCUGUUGAAACCUCCGACUCUGAUUGUUCUUCGCUAUUUAGAAAUCCCUAUGUUCCUGUAACAAAAAAAGUUGAGACUUCAUCAGCAACCUCUUCCUUGUAUGCAUAUAGUGCAACACCACCGCCUUCAAAUGUGGGCAUGUCAGAAGAUAUAGUUGAAGCAUCAGGGAGGCCGAAGGAAGCUCAGCCAAGGCGUGAUUCAAGGUCUGCUGAAAAAAUGAAACACUAUAGCCAUGUUUGUAGUGGAAGUAGUAAAUCUGACCGUGUGCACUCUUCUCAGAGCAACAUUGGUGUACCAUACAAGACAGAAGGAAAUUUCUCAUCAUUAUCAGAUUUCAAGUCCUCAAAUGCCAGCUUAUCCCUUUCAAAAGGAGAGAAUUUUAUAGAUGCAGGAAGCUUCAUCUUCUCUUUGAAGAGUAUGCUCGCUACUGAAGUUGAAUGUCUUAUGCUUCAGGCUUCUAUGUGCAGGACAAGACAUACAUUGUUAUCAUUCAACAACCUAGCUCCUCCCAGUAUGAACAAGUUAGCGGCCUGCACAGUCGUGGAUCAUCCCUCUAGGGGAACCAGUGCACUUCCUGGAAAGAUAUCAAGAAACCUUGAAGUAAAGAAGGCGGAUUCUGUACCAGUAAGAAUAUCUGGUGAAAUGGAUGGAGGAGUGCUUGAUGGGAACCAUUCUGCUCCAAUUGGUGUCUGGCGAUCUGUGGGAGCUCCUAGGGGAGUGAAGCCAUCUAUAACACCUAACAAUGAUGCUAUAUCUCCCUUGCGUGGUGCUUUUGAAGAAGAAAGCAUGGUUUCAAAUGGGCAGAGGCAACAGAUUAAAGUGCUGAUUGAUGCACUAGGCUUGCUAGUACAGCAGUCUGCUUCCUUUGUUGAUCUGUCACUUGAUACUGAUUGUGGAGAUGGUCCCUAUGGUUGGCUUGCAUUUGAGGAGCAGAAAAGGCGUGGAUUUUCUUGUGGUCCAUAUAUGGUUCAUGCAGGAUGUGGAGGACUGUUGUCUUCAUGCCAUUCUUUGGACAAUGCUGGAGUAGAGCUGCCUGACCCUCUUUCUGCUGAAGUAUACCCAUCCUCUGUGGCUAGUUUGCUGCAGACAGACCUGAAGCUUGCCUUAAAAUCUGCAUUUGGUGAUAGAAAUAUAGAUGGUCCAUUGUUAGUCACUGAUUGGUGCAAGAGCCACAACCAAGUCAUUGAUGGUGGGGUUCUUGGUGAUGGUUAUUCUGCUGAAUGUGGUAUGAGUGAGACUAGAGACACAUCCACUUCUGUUGGCAUUGCUACUGGAGAGCCCAUAAGCCCCUCUUUGUCGUCAACUAGCGGGCCUUCCGUCUUGAGAGAUGGAGUAAGAUUGGAUGAAUCAAUUCAAAGAAAAUCAAACCAAGAACCUUGUGGUUCAGAGAUGGAACAGCAAACAUGCCAUGCCCGUCCACGAUCGACAGUGAUGGUACUACCUGUGCCUGCUAUACUGCUUGGGUACCAGGAUGAUUGGCUCAAAAUAUCCGCUAAUGCAAUACAACUCUGGGAAAAAGCCCCUUUUGAACCAUAUGCUUUACCCAAACCUGUAAAUUACUAUGUUGCAUGCCCUGACAUAGAUAUCCUUGCAGCUGCUGCCUCUGACUUCUUCCUACAACUGGGGACUGUCUAUGAAGCCUGCAAAUUGGGAAGUCACACACCUCAAACAGUAGGAAGUCAGACAGGUUUGGCCUCUGGAAAAUGGUCGUCUUCUGGUUUUCUUCUUGUUGACUGCCCCCAUUCAGUGGCAAAAGCAGGGUGCGGUUUAUCGCUUUUGAAUUCUAUUAACGAAUAUGUAAUGUCUGUAUCAAGAGAUUGGGACUUGGAUAGCUAUUGCAAUUCUCUUUGCAAAGUUCUUAAAGCUAUUCGACUAGGUCCAACUUCAACAAGUCCUAAAGAAGGCAGUGGUGUGCCUUGUACUGUAAUUUACAUAGUAUGCCCAUUUCCUAGCUGCAGUGCCAUACUUCGUACUUUGAUUGAAGCUUCUGCUGCUAUUGGAUCUGUGUUUCAUUCACAUGAUAAGGACAAGAGGUCUUCAAUACAUGCACAAGUUGAGAAAGCUCUAACUUUGACAACAACUGCAGAUGAAACCUCAGUAUCUAGCAUUGUAACAUUGGCUGGCUUUAGUGUUUCAAAGUUAGUUUUGCAGAUUGUAACCUUAGAAAACAUUCUGAAGGUUAAUAGGCCACCAUUAACAGAGCAAAUCACUCUGAAGGAGAUGGCUUUCACUGUAUAUAACAAGGCCAGGAGGACCCAACGUAAAGUUGUCUCACAUGCUGUGGUUCAAUCAACAACAUUCUCCAGUAGGCCUCAAUCAGCAAUGACACAAAUUACCUCUCCUGUUCCUGGCAUUUGGAAGGAUUCUCGAACGACUGGGCCAUCCCUCCCUAGAGAAGGUGGCCUGGAUGGAAGCUUGAGGUCUGGUUCCUGGGACAAUUCCUGGCUGCCAUCAAGGCCUGUCGAAUCAAACUGUGACCUAAUAGCACAAGGUGAAUCUGCAGUCCAAGAAGAAUUUAGUUACUUGUUUGAACCACUUUUUAUAUUGGCAGAGGCUGGCUCUGUGGAGCACGGAGUGCCAUCACUUUUAUAUGCUAAUGCUGCGUCUGAAUCUACUCGAUCUAUAGUUGAUGAUGGUAGUGGCAUGUAUAUGCAAAUGUCCAAUUCUUCUGGAAGUGUAGAUACUGGACCGAAUGCUGUUAUUGAUGGAUCAGAUAUGGAGAUGCUAGGGUCCAGCAAUCAGAAGGUACCUAGCCUCCAUUGCUCUUACGGGUGGACUGAGGAUUGGCGGUGGCUUGUCUGCAUAUGGACAGACUCCAGGGGCGAAUUACUAGAUAGUCAUGUAUUUCCAUUUGGUGGCAUCAGCAGUCGGCAAGACACAAUGGGCCUUCAGCAACUAUUUAUGCAACUUCUGCAGUUGGGAUGUCAAAUAUGCAGUUCUUCUGACUCAAGUGGAGCUAAACCAAGGGAUAUUGUUAUUUCACGCAUUGGAUGCUUUUAUGAGCUUGAAUGCCAAGAAUGGCAGAAAGCCAUCCUUGCAGUUGGAGGAGGUGAAGUCAAGAAGUGGCCAUUGCAGCUGCGGCAGUCUAUAUCAGAUGGGAACUCCACAAGCAGCAAUGGAAGUUCUUUGCAGCAACAGGAUUUGAGUUUGAUUCAGGAGAGGACUCUUCCUUCCUCGCCUAACCCCUCUCUCUAUGGCUGCCAGUCAAAAUCACCUGGCUACAUGAAAAGUGGCAUUCCACAGGCCAGCAUGCGCAAACAGCUUUUGUCUGGGCCAUCUAUGAUGGAGUCCUCCAGAGGUGCUCUUCACUGGGUUCAGAGCAUCAGUUUGAUUGGAAUUUGUGUUGACCAUUCUCUGCGUCUUGUUCUUCCUGCUGAUACUUCUGGCUCAGCUAGCAGUGGUGGCAAUGGAGGACCAGGGACAUUGGGUUUGGAAGGUUUUGGUCCUGUGAGAUCCCUUGGGUUGUCACCAUCAACAUAUGUGCUAAUUCCUUCUCCUUGCAUGCGCUUUCUUCCACCAAUGCCAAUGCAGCUUCCCACGACACUCACAUCUGAAUCUCCUCCGCUUGCACAUCUUUUGCAUAGUAAAGGUUUUGCUGUCCCCCUUGCAACUGGAUUUGUGGUGUCCAAGUCAGUUACCUCGACCAGGAGAGAUUCCGUGAGGAAUUGUGCUAAAGAUGAAUGGCCUUCAGUGCUUUCUGUGAGUUUGGUUGACUAUUAUGGUGGCCACUGCACCUUUCAUGAUAAAGCAGGGAGGACUGGAAAUAUCAGCAAACAAGCUAGAAGUCCGAGCACAGAGUUGCGGGAUACUUUGUCUGAGACCCAUCAAAUUUUAGAGCGUCUGUCUGCUGAAAUACAUGCGCUUUCUUGGAUGACUGUUAGCCCAGCAUAUAUGGAAAGGCGAACUGCUCUGCCUUUUCAUUGUGAUAUGUUGCAGAGGCUCAGAAGGCUUCUUCAUCAUGCUGACAAAGAGCUAUGCCAAUUAGGGAAGCUGCAGACGGUUUGACUGAAAACAUUGUGCAAGUUGGUCUCAGCGUGCCGCUUCCUGCGUGCUCAACAAUUCGUCUACACCGGGGAGGGGGGGGGGGGGCGCAUUGUACACAGGUUGAGCAGAAGAUGAGGUGGGUCGAUGUGUAAAAAGCUGCUCCCUGCAAAAGGUAUCUCCCCGACUAUUUUGCCAUUGUUGUGCUGAAUCGAAGACCAAAAACCACAUCAUCGCUCAUUUUGUAACCUUUUCUAGCAUUUUAUACGUGACAGCCAUGCGUGGCAUUUACGGCCCCAUUGGCCUUGUACCAUAACCAACAACCCCUGUAUAGCCGUGCACUGGUGCACACUGAUUAGUUAGGGUUCUUCCAGGUUUACCUCUUCUGUACCAUGGAGUAGUUACUAGUCCUUCAAGGGCUUCGUGCAUUGCACUCUCGGAAUGUCCCUCGGCGGGUGACUGCUGGAAGUGGAAGCCCUUGCCCCAGCUCUUGUAAUACUUUUUAGGCCUUUGUGCCUCAUUUAAUGCAAAUUGCAUUUGACUGAAAA